AUGAUGGAAGAUGAAGUGCAUAAGACACUGAAAUUGCCUCCAAGGAUAUAUAAGUCUGGGACUGAACCAGACAAAGUGGGUGUAAUCAUGCAACACUCGAGCUUCAACUUGGAUAAGUACACUGUGAAAGGUUUGAUGCAGCUGUUGGAAAAUAAUGCAAACAGAAUGUCUGUUGAGGAGAAACUUUUUCUUGGAGCUGCUAUAUUGACUCAUGGGAUUAUAAUCGCCAAGAAUUCAACGAUAAAGGUGCCGCGAGAGAGUCUGAAAAUGUUUUCGAAUUUAGAUAGAUACUCUGUGAGACAUUGGGGGAAGAUGGGAUACGAUGUCCUAUUUGCUAGUAUAUGGAGGAUGAAAGCAAAAACAUUUGCAAAACCUCUGUAUGAAGUGCAAGGAUUCGUAUGGGCAAUCACGUGGUGGGCUUUGUCGGCUGUGCCUGUGCUAGGCCCGUUGUGUUUACAGUGGAAAACCACUCGGACUCUUAAUAUUUCAGAAGUUUUGGAUGUGCACAAUCAACGGGAUGUUAUAGUCAAUACUGUUAUUGGGGAUCCAGAGGAAUAUAAUAAUCUGGUUCCACCGACAAAUCCCAUUGACAAAGACUUUGCAACGGUGGUGCAACUUGUAAUGCAAGGCUAUAGGUUAAGCAGAUCCGAGUGGAUAGAGGGAAAAGUAGAUGGUGUUUUAGCAUCUGAACAAAUACGGACAAAACAUAACAGGCGAGCGGAGCUUAGUAGAACAACACAUGAGGCUCCUCUCGUGACUGACAAAAAAGAUCCUGUAGAUGGUGAUGAUAACAAUGAUCCAAAAGAUCCUGAAGAUGGUGAGGAUAACAAUGAUGGAAAAGAUCCUGAAGAUGGUCAGGAUAACAAUGCUGCAAAAGACCCUGGAGAUGAUGUCAUUGAUAUUAGUGAUAGAGAUGGUAAUAUUGAAGAUCAUGGUGAGGAUAAGGAUGAUACAAAUGGUAAUGAUGGAGAUCGUACUGGCAAUGUUGAUGCGCUUAUUGAUAUUAGCGAUAUUGAUGAAAAUCAUGGUGGCGACGAAAAUCUCAAAGAUGAUGAAGGUGAUGAAAGUCAUGAUUCCAACCGCCAUGGAUUUACUUUGCGACCACCGCUGACAGAUGAAGAUGUUAUCGUUCAGUUGGAACAAGGUGGAGCUCAUCCAAUAUUCCACCCAUUCCAGCCAUAUCUUCUAUCAAGGAAAGCAAGAUUGGAUGAAUGGAAGAAUGCAACUAACCAGAGGAUCUUGAAAGAUUUUCUUGGACAUGAAGUAAAUGGUGAUUGGUUUUUAAACCUCCAGACACCAGGGACUGUAAUGACCAGACAGCAUAUGGAUUCUGCUAUGCAUUUGCUUCGAACAAGUAGAAAAAAUAGUACCAAGAUUUUUGCAAACAGUAGAGUUGCCAUCUAUGGAGAACAUUUCCUUUUGACACUUAAACAAUGCUGGGAAAGAUGGCGGUUGAGUCAGAAAUGGUACAACUACAACAAGAAAAUCGUUGAAGGCUACAUCAAUGGUACAUUGCCGGCUAUUGGCAAUACAGAGAAGAAGAUGAUCAAAGACAUAGACUAUGUCUAUGCGCCAAAAUGUUGGCAUGACAAACAGUGGGUUGCCGUGAUAUUUGACUUGAAGAAAGGGUCGGUAAGCAUAUGGGACAGCGAUAGAUACCCGAAGAAAUUAUCAGAUUAUGAGACGUCGACAUUCCCAUAUGCACAAAUAAUGCCUAUGCUUUUGAAAAGGUUUGUAAAAGGUGCGAGAUAUUCCAAAGAAUUCACUAUUAAAAAGCAACCAGGAAUACCCAAGGACACAGAUAGCCAACUCAACGAUGCAGCUGCAGAUGAGUUACCGCUUGAGUCACCUAGUGAGAGCAAUAAGUCAAAGAGAAAGCUGAAAGGGGAUGAUCAUAGAAGCUCUAUGAGAAACAAAAAGGCUAGA